AUGGAAAGGCUGUUUGAAUCUCUCUCUGGUAGAUCUAGAGAUUCUAGCUCUUCUAAAUCCUUGUCUAAAAAAUCCACAAAAAAUAAAGAAAUUUUGUUAGCCCAAGAUUUAGAUACUAGUUUAAAUAAUUGGGAGUUACCUCCUAUUUCUUCAGAUCUUAUUUAUAAAUCUAAUUUCAUGUAUAAAUCUGAUUACGUUAUUAAGACUGUAGAACAGGCAACACCAGUACAUGGAGACAUGCAGUCUCUAAGUUUGCUCUCUGAAGAAUUGAUCAAAAGGCAUCAAGAGAAAUAUUCAUUCCUUCAUAUAGGAAUGAUACAGGUAGCGGUAAAACCCGCUACAAGACUAGGGAUUAAUACAACCGCUAUGUUGUGCGUUCGAGACAAAAGGCACUUCAAGUUUAAUGACUCCUUAUUAGGAGUAGUAGAGUCCUCCCUUUGCGAUGGACCCAUAUUCUUUCAGUGCUAUCCAAAUCUUACCUUGUCUCUCACAGAUCCGUACAUAUUACAGACUCUAAUCUUAGAUAUCAAAACAAUGGGAUAUGAUAUGCUGCCAGGAUCAGAAAACUUAAUCCUAAUUUACAGGAUUCAUUAUAAGACUAUGAAUAUUGUAGUCCCUAAUUUAAGGGAAAAGGCUACUAAGUUAAUAUCCCCAAAGGGAACAACUACUCUGUUCGUGACUAAUAUGUCAAAAGGGAAUUUAAUAAUUCCAAAGUCCAUUCAAUGGGAUCAGGUUAAUUUGCCUGAAAACUGGAUACUUGAAGAAGCUGCACCACCAAAGAAAGAAGAAUCGACUACUGUUUAG